UAUCAUCAAGAGGACCAAAUCAGAUAACGUUAGACAGUAGGUGUUGGGCAGAUUUUGUGCUUACUUACAGUUAACGUUAGCUAUAAGGCAUCGAGAAGAAAAUGGACAACUCCGGCAAAGAAAAGGAAGCCAUCCAGCUAAUGGCAGAAGCAGAUAAGAAAGUAAAGUCGUCAGGCUCAUUCUUAGGUGGAAUGUUUGGGGGGAACCACAAAGUAGAGGAGGCAUGUGAUAUGUAUGCCCGUGCAGCCAACAUGUUCAAGAUGGCCAAGAACUGGAGCGCUGCAGGUAGUGCGUUCUGCCAAGCUGCGCGUUUGCAUAUGCAGCUGCAGAGCAAACACGACUCUGCCACCAGCUAUGUGGACGCUGGAAACGCUUACAAGAAAGCGGACCCUCAUGAGGCUAUCAACUGCUUAAAUGCAGCCAUCGAUAUAUAUACAGACAUGGGAAGGUUUACAAUUGCUGCCAAGCACCAUAUUACCAUCGCCGAAGUGUAUGAGUCUGAACUGGUUGACAUAGAAAAGGCCAUUGCACACUAUGAGCAAGCUGCAGACUACUACAAAGGGGAGGAGUCUAACAGCUCUGCUAAUAAGUGUCUGCUGAAGGUGGCAUCCUACAGUGCGCAGCUGGAGCAGUACCAGAAAGCCAUUGAAAUCUAUGAGCAGGUUGGCAGCAACACCAUGGAUAACCCAUUACUAAAAUACAGCGCCAAGGAGUACCUCUUCAAAGCUUCACUCUGCCACUUCAUUGUAGAUGAACUGAAUGCCAAGCUGGCUGUGGAGAAGUAUGAGGAGAUGUUUCCUGCCUUCACCGACUCAAGAGAGUGCAAAUUCCUGAAGAAACUUCUGGAAGCUCAUGAGGAGCAGAACAGUGAAGCCUUCACUGAAGCUGUGAAAGAGUUUGACUCGAUUUCUCGACUGGACCAGUGGCUUACCACCAUGCUCCUGCGCAUCAAAAAGACUAUCCAGGAUGACGCUGGUGAUCUGAAGUGACUUGUGCAAAAAUGUGCUAUUUUCAUGUUAAAGUCCUGGUUUAGAUUUCUUUAUUUUCAGUAUGAAUAGCUGCAAUAUUAUCCACAUAUCAGUGUAAUACUGUAGGCCUCACCUUGAGUUUUUAUUGUUUGAGUCAAGACCAUAUGUGUCAUACUCCCAUUUUUGCCUUCUAUUCCCCGUUUCCCACAGGAUGCUACUUCAUUUCAUGGCGUUCAUUAGGGCUUAUAAUAGGUUUAAAGUUUCUAGGAUAGGCAUUAUCAGGAGGUUUACAGUAAUACAGGCCAAGGAUAUUCCAGGAGAAUGACACAUGCUGUGGCUUUUCAUGAACAAUACUAUGUUUAUUUACUUUUGCUUUUAUAAAUGUAUAUGGCAGGUCUAGGGAGUUGUGCAGUUCUAUUAUUCAAUAUGCAGAGGGCACAUAUUCAGUAUUUUUAAUUUGGAAAUGUAUACUCAAAACAAAGAUUAUCUUGUUUUGUCUUUCUAUAGCAGCAGCCGGCUGGACAAAGGCAGAUUAUUUUUGUUGGUUAAGUUAUGUGGGGUCUUUUUUUUUUUUUUUUUGCUUUGUGGAUUGUAUAUCACAGUUACAAUUGCUUAUGCUAAAAAUGUUAAAACAUUUAUGAAAAAAUGUUAUUGGAAUCCUGAAGUAUUUUUGCACAGUUACAAAUGAAACUAAAUCUUCUCUGUCCCCUUGAUGUUGUCACUGUAUUAAAUCUUAACCGGUGUAUUUGUGUAUACCAUUUAAUGUGCUAAAUGUGUGUCAUGUGUGUUGUGAAUGUGUACCUAGUAUUGAAUUUGAUGUAGUGUGUGCACACCGGCAAGCAUGGUGUCGUUAUGUGUCCUGUACUACUAUUAAGUCUUAAAGUGGUCAAAGUCCCAGUGAACGGACUGUGAACCAGCAUAUCAGGAUUACUUCCAAUUAAGGAAUCUCAGAAUACAUCUGGUCUAUUCUCAUUUGUUCUUGUACAGUGUUUUGUGCUGAAAUGUACUGAAAUAAAGGCUAUCUCAACGGC